GAUGAAAUGAAGAGAACACUAUCAGAAUAACUACAGGUGCAAAAAAGGAAAUGCAAGGAGGAAACCUCACCAUUUGGAGCUUUUUUUUCCUGGAGGGUUUUUCUAGAUACCCAACGUUAGAGAUUGUUCUCUUUGUCUUCAGCCUUGUGAUGUACCUGAUAACCCUCUUGGGCAACAGCUCUCUGAUCUUGGUCAUUAUCCUAGAUUCACGCCUCCAAGCCUCCAUGUACUUGUUCCCUGGAAAUCUCUCUCUCGUGGAUAUUUGUUAUACAUCUGCUUCUGUUCCCACUUUGCUGGUGAACUUGCUGUCAUCCCAGAAAACCAUUACCUUUUCUGGGUGUGCUGUACAGAUGUAUCUGUCCCUUUCCAUGGGCUCCACAGAGUGUAUGCUCCUGGAUGUGGCGUACGACCGUUACGUGGCCCUCUGCAACCCCCUGAGGUACCCCAUCCUCCUGAACAGGCAGGCCUGCGUGCACAUGGCUACUGCCUCUUGGGUGGCGGGUUGUCUGAGCGCCCUGCUGGAAACCAGUUUCGCCCUGCUGGUACCCCUCUGUGGGAAUCUCACUGAUCACUUCACAUGUGAAAUCCUGGCCAUGCUGCAGUUAGCAUGCACAGAUUCACUGCUCAUGGACAUGAUCAUGCUGGUGGUCAGCAUGCUUCUCCUGCCCAUCCCCAUGCUCUUAAUUCGCAUCUCUUAUGUCUUCAUCCUUUCCACCAUUCUGAGAAUCAGCUCGGCAGAGGGAAGAAACAAAGCUUUUUCUACCUGUGGUGCCCAGUUGACUGUGGUGAUCUUGUAUUAUGGGGCUGCCCUCUCUAUGUACCUAAAGCCUCCUUCAUCGAGCUCACAAGAAGUAGAUAAGAUCAUCUCACUGCUCUAUGGAGUGCUGACCCCUAUGUUGAGCCCCAUCAUUUACAGUUUAAGAAACAAAGAAGUCAAAGAUGCCAUGAAAAAAGUACUGGGCAAGAUACCGUUGUAUCAAGCACACGAACGUCUCUGA